GAUUCAGAGUGUGUUUUUAAACAUUUCAUAGUAACUUAUUUAAAAUGUCUUUCAUAUCGUUAGUUGCAUUUUUAAUUAUCUUUGGAAUGUAUAGCUCCCAUGUCUUGGAGGCUAGAGAACCUGUAUGUUCUAAAUUUGCAUAUGAAGAACAGCUUUUAGAGAAAAUGAUAAGAACUGAAAUUAAGGUAGAAACAAUGGUAAAUGAAAUUAAGAAAACUGAGGAUAAUGUCAUCAGUACAUUAGGCGACAUUAAACAAACUGUUACGGACAUGUUUGCAGAUAUGAAAUGGAACAUAACAGAUGAAAUGUUAAAGAGAAGUGACGAGAUAGAAAGGAGAGAAGAAUCCUUUAAGAAAUUAUUUGAGGAGGCCAGAACAAACCUCACGAUUGACAUGGAAGCUAAAAGAGAAAAAGAACUUACUCAACUUCAAGGAAAAUUUGAACGACCUCCAAUCGCUUUCCAUGCAUAUCACGUGACAAAUUUGGUUCUUAAUAUUACAAAUGAGAUUGUUAUAUUUACAAAAAGUGUGAUUAACGAGGGAACAGGUUACGACACUUCUACUGGAUUUUUUACAGCACCCGUUGGAGGACUGUAUCAGUUUUCUGUUCAUACAUGUGUUUAUCAAGGAAAGUAUGCUUACAUUGGCCUAGUGUUAGAAGGUAAAGUUAUUGGAGCUGAUAUGAACUAUGAUAAGGAUCAUUAUACAUGUAGUGCUUUUGGAGCAAUAGCGAGAGUAAAAUCAGGAGAAAAAGUUUGGGUCAAGUCAACAUUGUCAGCGUUCAACUAUCAGCUUUACCAAGACUCAUAUAGGAUGAUCACUUUUAGUGGAAUGCUUGUCAAUAACUGAAUGAAUAAAUCAUUCAACAUUGAUAUCAGUAGAAACUUUAUUUCUUAAUUUGUACCUGACGUCACGCAAACACAUUUUGGUGUAAAUUGUUUCAAUCACAAUUAGAUAGCAUUUUUGUGAAAUAUGUAGAAACCCUAGGUUGCAUCUAUAAGAUAUCUAAAUGUUAUAAAGAAUGUAAAUCAUGUUUUUUUCUCUGUGUUUAUUCCUGAAAGCCAAAAUAUCUAGCCUUAAUAUUUAACAAGAUUUCUUUCGUCUGAAAAAAUGUUUAUGUGAAUCAUUUAAUACUGCUGUCAUCAAAUCUAAAUUUUCCCUUUAUUGAAUACGAUAUACAACAACGACGUCAGGAUUUCAAAGAAAUAGAAAUAGCUAUAUAUGAUGUAUUUUAAAUUUUAGAAGGCGUGCUAAAGACAUUGACUUUUGUUUAUAUAUCCGAAAUUGUGUAAAUAUACAUACAAUGAUUGUCGUCUGACGAUUAUUGUGAUUACAUAUCUGAGAAAAUAUUGUUUUGCUAUGUUUAUCAGAAAUCAUAUACAAAUAAAGAUGGUAUGUAUAUAUUUGUACUUCUAUGUAUAAUUUUUUUGGCAGACAAUACCAUUUCAUGAAUAUUAUGCGUUCUUAUAGGAUGGAUACCCAAAAAAGAUCAAAUGUAUUAAGUUAAUACUAACUUUAAAACACUGUUCACCGGCUGAUAAUUUACUGCAAAUGUUUGUUAUGGUAUAUUGUAAAUAGAUAUAUAAUACAAUAUCUCAUGGUGU